GAACUGUAAAAGCCAAACAGCCUGCGUUAGCUUCACUGUAAUGACGUUAGCCUCUUGGAUGUUUUUUUCCGCCGUUAAUGAGUUUGGAUACCGGGGACCGACAUCCAUGAACCUCUCCGGCCAUCUGCAGCACAACCACCGUGACCUCCACGAAGUCAGCUCAGUGUCCAGCGGGCGAUCCUGAAGUGUAAUCCUGCCAGCCUCAUUGAUGAAGCAGCAGGCACUGACUCCUCUGAUAAAGUGGUGACCCUGCCUACCUGACACCCUGCUUCUCCUGCCCUCCCCCCAACUCUGCCCCCCCACUCACUGUCCUGAUUGGGUCUCUGUACUGCCGGCGGUGGAUUGGAGCACUCUGAUUGAAGGCCUUGCGAGGUGGUUUUUCGGUCUGGCGCCGCCUCCCCCCGGGGCCGGCGUGCGCUCCCAGCAGCCCGUGGUGCCCUGCGCCCCUCCCUCCCCGUCACUGCACAACAGAGCCCAUGCCCAAGGAGGAGGCGCGGUGCGUCCGCCAGGAGCCAUGUGCCUCCCUCACACUAACAACAUGGACAACAAGUUACAGGGGGCGGGGCAGGGGGGAGGGGCUGCACUUCGACCACGGGCAGGAGGCGUUCCACUGGAGCCCUUCGUACACCAGGUGGGGGGUCACACCAGUAUGAUGCGUUAUGAUGACCACACGGUGUGUAAGCCUCUGAUCAGCAGAGAGCAGCGCUUCUACGAGUCUCUGCCUCCAGAGAUGAAGGAGUUCACUCCAGAGUAUAAAGGUGUAGUGCUGGUUUGUUUUGAAGGCGACUCUGAUGGCUACAUCAACCUGGUGGCCUACCCCUAUGUGGAGAGCAACAUGGAGGGAGGGACGGCAGAGCACGAGGAGCGAGACCCUCCAGAGAGGGAGCAGCCAAGGAGGAAACACUCCCGGCGCAGCCUCCAUCGAUCCUCCUCCUCUUCUGAACACAAGGAUGAGCGGGCCGACAGGAGGGAGACGCACGACUCCGACACUUCGGAUAAUCUUGGAGAGCUGAAGAGUCCCAGGCUCGACCCAAAGAUCCACUCGGACGUUCCGUUCCAGAUGUUGGACUGGAACAGUGGGUUGAGUUCAGAGAAGAUCAGCCACAACCCCUGGAGCCUCCGCUGCCACAAACAGCAGCUCAGCCGCAUGAGGUCUGAAUCCAAGGACCGCAAACUCUUCAAACCAGAGUUUCUGUUGUUGGAGAACGUUGUUCACAAAUUCUUUUACCCCUGCAUCCUGGACCUGAAGAUGGGCACCAGGCAGCAUGGAGACGACGCCUCCGAGGAGAAGGCGGCCAGGCAGAUGAGGAAAUGUGAACAGAGCACUUCAGCGACGCUGGGAGUCAGAGUGUGUGGCAUGCAGGUGUACCAGCUGAACACCAGUCACUACCUCUGCAGGAACAAGUACUACGGCCGCGGCCUGUCGAUCGAAGGCUUCCGCCAGGCCCUCUACCAGUACUUGCACAAUGGAAAGGGUCUGAGGCAGGACCUCUUUGAGCCAAUCCUGAAUAAGCUUCGCAGCCUGAAGGCGGUGCUGGAGAGGCAGGCGUCCUAUCGCUUCUACUCGUCUUCGCUGCUCAUCAUCUAUGAGGGAAAGGAACCUGAGGUCCUCAGCUCCGGGCAGCAUGCGUCCUCACACCUGAAGACUCCUGCGGCCCCUCCAGAGCCGCACUGUGGCCCCGGCCUCCACGCACCUCCCGCCCCAGACACUCCCUGUGAAACGGACAUGAGCCAGAACCCAGACCCGGGGUUACUGUCCUCUCAGGGACCUGGACUGAUGACUACUCCCUCCCCCUCCCCGCGUCCUCCCCCACAGGUCCCGCCCUCCAACUCAGACUGCCACUCCUUCCUCCCCCCUCACCCCUUGCUUCACCCGCAUCCAGACUCCUCCCCUGCUCCCAGCUUAAAUUCCUUCUCCCCUCCUCCUGCUCCCCAGCAGCCCCCCCUGGUGGAUGUACGUAUGAUCGACUUCGCCCACUCCACCUUCAAGGGUUUCCGUGGCGACACAGCAGUGCACGACGGGCCGGACCGAGGCUACGUGUUUGGACUGGAGAGCCUGGUCCAGAUCCUGGAGAGCCUGCGGGACGACAACCUGCCGUAGCUCCGAACACUCACACCCACACACACACACACACACACACAAACACACACAUCUUGUUGUGAGUUAGUUCAGGUCGUACAGUCAGUGCAGGUCGUGCCGCGGUGUUCUCAAGAACUGAGACGGUUUGGCUGUAAAUAUGAAACAAGGUUCUUCAGGACGUCACCAUGGCAACAUGGGCAUUCUACAGUCAAGUAGUUACUAUAGCAACCGCCAGGAGGUGGGACAGUGGAGCCAAAAUGGCUGCAACUUCAAGCUGAUAUGGAGAACCUCUGAGGCUCUACACAACACGCACACAACUCACACACACACACACACACACAUUUGUACUUCUAUACUUGUGAGGACCUGCAUUGAUUUAAUGCAUUCCCAGCCCCUCACCCCAACCUGAGCCGUCACCACUAACCAUCACAGUCCAACUGUAAAGUCCUCCUCCGCUCGAAAAUAUGUUUAGCUUAGUGUAACUUCAGCUGGAUGUUUGACUCUUACUGAGCUGAAUGAUGUAUGUGUUUUCACAUUUGUCUGCUGAAGGAGGAAAGUUUCUCUGAGUUCUGUUUAAAUCGCAUUUGAAGACAUGUUCAUAUGAGAAUGAGAACAGCCCUCUGGUGUCAAACUCACAUUCAUCAUUCUACACAGUGAAAUUCAAACACAGGCUAAAAGUAACAAUAAGCAGAACACGCUUAUUAGUGGAGCGGGACUUUAACCAAAACACCAAGUCAGACUUUGAAGGAUGUGAGGACUAGCCAAAAACGUUGUCACUCCCAAGGUCCGACAGGUCCACUGAAAUUGGUCCUCACCAAGAUAGACGAACAACAACAACACACACACACAAUCAAACACUCAUACACACAUCCUGGGAACAGUUGUCUGUGGAGCUGUUUGACAGCACAGCGGGACAGAGCAUCCUCUCUGAACAACCAAUCAGCUGAAUCCCAGGGGCCGCCCACUGAAGUUGGCCAACACACACUUCACCUCCCCUCCCUCCUCACUCCCCGACUCCCCCCUCCUGACCUCUACUCCUCGUCACUCCUCUUUCUCUACAGAAACCAAACCUGGACAGGUGAACAGACUCUUUCUCGCGUUACCUUGAAAACGCACUCAGAAACACAUCCAAGCAACUGUUAAAGCAAUAGAUGGCGAUGAUAGACGGCAACUUUUUUCUUCAGCAGUGCAGAGGGCGGCAUCGCCUACAGGGAGAACGGAGAUUAAGUGCAACAUAGAAGUAGGCUUUAAGGAGAGAAUAUAGAUAAUUUCUAAAAAAAAAAAAAAAAAAAAGCUGUGUGUCCGUUUUUGGGGCUUAAUUCAAAAAACAUUAGUAGUCUGUGUCCUGUAAAAUCAUCCUCUGGGUUAUUGUGUAAUAUCGAAAGCAUAAGUGUCACUUUCCCAAAUCUGGUCUGCUGAUAUUUUUCUUUUUAUCAACAAAUCCCAUCGAAAAAAGACUCAAACCAACAAUUAAUUGAUUCUACUAACAAGCAUUGUGUGUGCAUCAAAAGUCGAAUAUACUUUCCUGUGUCACAGAGCUCCAUUGCUCUACACGACAGUGAGUCUCACUGUACCCUGACAUGUUCCUUCAUCACCCUGAACACACACACUGUGGUUUAUUUUGUCCCAAUCCCACACACACCAUCCUGCUGCCCCAAAUAUUCAUCAGAGCACCAAAUGUGGAUUAAUUUGCUCCCAACAAAUGCACUAUUUCGUCCUGUUUCAGUAACGUCUGUUAAAAAAGUGACCAGAUGUUUUAGGAAAUUACUGAGCCUUUUAAAUGUGACGUUGAAAGUUAUUUUUAUGCAUCAAUUAUCUUCUGAGGCUGUUUUGGAGCUUUAGAAGAUAACAGUUGAUGUUCUAAUUUAAUUUUUCUUUUAAAGCUUUGAAGACUUUUUGAACAUGUUGUCUUUUAAUGAUCAAAAGCUCCAAAACAGCUUCUAAUGACUGUUUCCUGUUGCUGAGUGAACUUUCACUCUACUUUUAAACAAUUACAGACGAGAAAUAAUGGAUCGUGCAAUAUGAUCAGAAACAGCUACUUAAUGGUCACGUGUGGUGGGAUUGUUUUAUCAGCUUUAUAUCUGUGAGCCAAAAAGAUUUAAAGAUUUACACCUUUAAUGGGAGCAGAUGAGGCUGAGAGCCACAGACAGGAAGUCAAAGUGUUGCGGACAAACACGUUGUUGGUUUGGGUCUUUUU